UUUCUUUAUACAUAAUUAAUUAUUUUGACAUUUUGGCUUUAAUAUAGGCAUGGAUUCUUUUACUGAUCAUAAAACUUAAAUAAAGCCUGUAAGAUGAAAAGGUGAAAAUCAACCCGAAACAAGAGUAUAUAUCAAGGCGGGCAAGUAGACCUGAAUGACACUGCAAUCAACCCGAAACAAGAAUAUAUAGCUUCCCUAUGCCGAUUAAGAAAACCUGUGAUGACUCUCCUAUAUAUAGUUUGUGCUUUUCAAAGGAUUGUAAAAUCAUCAAUUGAACCGAAUAGCUUGACUAGUAGGAAAAAUUUUUGUUAGGACUCUCCUCCACUUUGUGAUUUAUAGGGGAUUGGCAGAUGGGUUGUAAGGCUUUUGCUUGAGUGAUUCCCUGGUUCUUUGUAGCUCCAUGGGGAAAAAGUGGAAAAACAAGUAGCUAGUAGCCUCUUUUAUCUUCUGAUAAAGUAUGUUUUGGUGAAGUAUUGUUUAUUAAUAUAAUAUGAUGAUGAAUUCGUUUGUCACAUUCAAUGAACAUUCAGGAUAGGGCCAAUGCUUAUCUUUGUUAGCGCACGUCAAACCUUUACUAGUCGCGAGUUUGGGCUCAAUGCUAGUCGAUGAUUGGCAGCAAUGAAGUCAGCAACCGCGCGAUGAGCGACUGAGCAGUGGCAUUGCGACGGUAGCGUUCGAUCAGCGUAACUUAGUCGGAAGUGGAUCGUUCGGUCCGCACGGACGAGAAGCAGUUAGCAGUGCAUACUCCAAAACAACCCAUAAAAUCUAAGACCCUUUCCCCCUUUUAGCUUAAAUCUAAUCAAGUAAUCCUCCAAGAAAAGAAACAUUUCUUCGAUUUCCCCCUUUCUCAAAUGGCCCUUUUUUUCUUUCACCGUUUUGGACUGAAUCGCUAUCAAAACAUGGGCCGUCGCUUGAGGGCUAUGAGAGUGAGACUGGCAAAGAAGAGAAGGGCUAUCAGGCGUAUGAGACAGUCGCUAAGUGCUUCGCAAAUCGCAGCUGAACAGAUUGAGCGAGACCACGAGCGGAUGUUUGCAGCUGAACAGAUUGAGCGACGGAACCGGCGAAUUAUUGCAGAGAAUGCUCUCAUUGAUCAAUUGGUUUACGAUCUUCUGGCUGAGCUUGAAAACGAUCCUUUAAUCAGGAGCGCUGCUGAAGCAAUCCGUGCUGAGAAUCUUGAUGGAAGGAACAUUAUUAUAAACCAAGCUCCACCUCCCGGCGGCGGCCGCCCGCGGCGGCGCCGAUGACCAUCGUAAGUGGUGUGAUGGCGGGCUUUGUUACUCUAGAGGUGGUGGUGGAGCUUAAGGUUUUAUGGGUUUUUUUUUCUUGCUUUUUUUUCCCAUAACCCCACCCCUCCUACCUUAAAAGCAAUAUUCAAAUUUGAGAAUUUUUCUUGUUUUUUUGUUUUUUAUUUAUACCAUAAUCAAGCCCGCCCUUGCUUGUACACUCACUGCUUUAAUGAUUAUAUAAUUAUGGAUUUUGAAUUUA